AUGUCUCUCCCAAACUACAGGAGCUCGCAGUCACCUGCUAGUCAGAGAUAUGGCGGGAGAGGAGACAAAAGCUCACAAGAUAAGACACCAAAUCCCUUCAUCCCAAUGCAACAUGGAAAUCCAAACUUCAACCCAAUCAAACUGGGAACAAAGACGGGUGAUAACAGAAUUCCAAAACCUCCUAAACAACCCGAGAGGCCCCUUAUGCCCUACAUGAGAUACAGUAGAAAGGUUUGGGAUUCUGUGAAGACAACUCAUCCCGAGAUGAAGCUUUGGGAAAUAGGCAAAGUUAUAGGGCAGAUGUGGCGUGAACUCACGGAUGAAGAGAAGCAAGAAUAUUCUGAUGAAUAUGAGGCUGAAAAGAUUCAGUACCAAGAGACGAUGAAACAGUAUCACAAUUCACCAGCCUUCCAGGCAUACUUGGCAGCCAAAGGAAAAGCCGAGGCAGUUAUAGAAGAGGAGGAAAAGGACAGCAAAAAAACUGAGAAAGAAAAAAAAUCGAAAAAUGAAGCCAGAAUUAGUAUACAGCCAGCAAAUGAUGAGGAAGAUCACGAUGAUGGAUUCUCUGUGAAGCACAUUGCUGCAGCGCGAUAUUUACGCAACCACCGACUCAUCAAUGAGAUCUUUAGUGAUACAGUAGUGCCUGAUGUACGCACCGUUGUUACUAGUAGCCGUAUGAGUGUCCUAAAACGUCAAGUGCAAUCGCUCACUAUGCAUCAGAAGAAACUAGAGAAUGAACUCCAACAAAUAGAAGAAAAACAAGACGCCAAGAAGAGGAAGUUUGAGGAGUCCAGCCAGGAGCACCAGGAGGAACUGAAGAAGCUAUGUGAGAACAAGCAAGUGAUAACUGAGGCUGAGUUUGAAGAGAUGAAGAGCAAGGCUCGUAUAGAACUAGAACAACGACAGGACGAAAUCAUUAAGGCACAAAAGGAGAAGGCAGAACAAGACAGAAUAGAGAGAGAGAAACGAGAAGAGGAGGAACGACUCCAGAAAGAAGAGGAUGAGAGGAGGAAAGAAGAGGAAGCCAAAGCAAUGGAGACAGCUCGCCUUGAGGCUGAACAGAAAGCUAAGGAAGAGGCUGAAAAGAAAGCAAAAGAAGACGAAGCAAGAGAUUCAGUGAAACCAGCUGAACCUGCUAACAGCGUACCAGCACAACCCGUUGAACCAGAACAACCAGCAAAACCAGCACAACCAGAACAAACUACACCACCAGCAACAAAACCCGAACAAACUGACCCUAAACCCCAAGAAAAUUCAGAAGUUAAAGAAAACCCUGAAGUUCAAGUAAAGAAAGAUACAACUGAAAUUCCAGAAAAUAAAGAAAAGCCCAAAGAUAGUGAGAAAACAAUUGAUGGGGAAGAUUCAAAAGAUGCUACUGAAAAGAUGGAGGUUGAUGAGAAUAAGGAAGAUGACUGUGGCGCUGAUAGUGACAGCACAAUUAUAGAUGGCGAUCUUGGAGAAUGAGAAAUGACAUUUUCUGAUAGUAUCCCUAAAUUACUUAAAUUUUCUUUUUAGUAGAAUAAUUUUGAUUUGGUUUUCAGUGCUUGGGGUAAUCAAAAUUGAACUGUUCACAAGCAAAUAUUAUGAGGUCAUUUAGGGACUACAGAUAACUAAGGACUAAAUACAGACUAUUGUUUGUAUAUUGAUCUGAGUGUAUAU